AAACUACAACCUUUCUGUUUCUGAUAUGGGAGAAUAAUUUCACAUUACAAUUCGAGUAUAGAUUCAGAAGGUCAAUGAACUUAUUUUUUUCAUUUCACAUUCAAAACCCAUCGGGAGUCAACUGUCAAGUUAACUAUUUUUAGGUGGCGAAGAUCGAACAAACACACAACUUCAGGGACCUUUUGUGAAAUCUACCCGUAAACCUAAUCAAAAUCAAAACUGAGAAGAAAACUCAGCCCGGUGGCGCCUCCUUCCUUAACCGAACCAGAGCUCUGCCAUCGUAAAUUUCCCGGCGAAGCGGAAGACGACGAUUAGGAGCGGGGACGUACGUGAAAAUGAAGAAGCUGGCAAGAAGUUUGAGGAAAUCUCGAGACGACGGUUUAUCACUUCCAACUCAGGAUGAUCCCGACGACUCUCGUCCCAUGGAUCCCCAAGAGCAAGAGGAGCUGGUUCGAUCCCUCGAACACGCGCAAGCUCAGCAAGCUCAGUUAUGGACGAGAGUGUUCUCUGCGAUCCUCCUUUGUUACGCUGCCUUCCUAGUUUACUCAAUCUACCAGCAAGCAACUUCCCCCUGGGAAUUGCGGUAUCACGCAUACUUCAUGGAAGAUAUCCCUUCAUGGAUGGUGAUUUCAGCAGACUGGUUAGCUGUUCUGGUAUGCUCCCUGGCCAUCGUUGGGAUACUGAACCGUAGAAGAAAAUGGAUUUGGUACUCCUGCUUUGCUGGGUUUGCAGUCGCUAUAUUUUGGUUCUAUUUUAUGUUAAGGCUGCCGAGAUUCAGGAUGGAUGUGAUAUGGCUUCCUCUAGGACCUCUUUGCGGAUCUUCUGUUUGCCUUUACGUUGAUAAUCUACUCGCCGAAUCAUCAGAAGAGGUGAAGAAACUCAGAAGCUACAUGUAUUCCUAUAAAGCGACUUAGUUUGAAAGCUCUGCUAAGCUUCCUCACCAGCACUACCACUUCGUGGCCAACUAGCUCCACUGGAGUCAGUUCCUAUCAGUCGAGGGAGUUGCAAUAGUGCUCUGCCAGUUGCAAUGAGGAAGAAGCAAUAGUGCUCAGAAUGAAUCAUGGAAUCAUCUCGCCAUGAACACCUUAAGAGCUCAUCGAGUUUAUGUUCACAGGAAUGGCUCUUCGUUUGCUAUUGUAGCAGUGAAUUAACAAGAUUACUGAAUUGUGAUGCAUCUUAUAUCAUUAACAACUUUUUUUCGAUGGAUAGUAAUUGAAGUGGAAACGAAGCUGAGGAAAGUGAGUAGUGAAUUGAAGUAAAAAAAAAAAACUAAC